AUGUCUACCAUCGAUAGCACCGACACCUCGACCACCGACGCCGCCAUCGACGACCACAUCAUACGUAUGGACAGCACUACUGGCGGUAAACCCGCGCCUAAAGUGUCUAAAAAGGGCCCAAAGUAUCGGCGCUUAAGCGACGGAUCAGCUAAUGAGGGGACAGACACUCCUACAUCACAACAUAUGGACAGCCCGUCCACCUCCCAGUGCUCGCCCAGUGGGUCGUCCACCACAUCCAUGGGUUACACAACACACCGACGGCCUGUCAGUAGCAUUGAAGUCGAUAUGACGGACAGACACAUGAAGUCAUUCCCCGGUAAUGACAGUCUGGAUGGCAACGAGUGCACCCGUAGGCGACUAUCAUCCACUACUAGAGCACCGGUAGGCCCUGAAGCGAGUGUCCGAUUCUGCGGUGACGUGCACUGCGUGGCCACACCCGCAGAGGUAGGCUCUCUGGACCUACUGUCCCAGAAGUACGAGUCCCUCGACUACGACCAGAUCGAGAACCAGCUGUUCCUCGAGGAACGUAAGGGACAGACAGCCUAUGGGAGGGUCAGGCGUACGGAGUGGUUGCGGUGGAUCACCAUAUUCUUCAUCGGUUUGCUAACGGCGCUCACCGCCUGUGUCAUAGUAGCGGCGGUGGAAGUCCUAUCGCACGUGAAGUACCAGUUGCUACAGGGAAUGGUAGACAAGUGCUCCCGGAGUGACAAAAACUACUGCAUAUUAAUACCGUACGGGCUAUGGUUGGCCAUGAAUGCCGUUCCCGUGGCCGUAGGCUCGAUGUUAGUGACGUUUAUGGCGCCGAUAGCCGCCGGCUCCGGGAUUCCAGUGAUUAAGUGCUAUUUGAAUGGCAUUAAAGUGCCGGAAGUGGUGCGCAUUAAGACAUACGUGGCUAAGCUGGUGGGUGUGAUACUGUCGGUGGUAGGGGGGCUGGCGUGUGGUAAGGAGGGCCCUAUGAUCCACUGCGGGUCAGUCAUAGCCGCCGGUAUAUCCCAGGGUAAGAGUACGACGUUCCGCAAGGACUUCAAGAUUAUGCAAGAGUUUCGUGAGGACCGGGAGAAAAGGGAUUUCGUGUCGGCAGGUGCCGCUGCCGGCGUAGCGGCCGCUUUCGGAGCACCGGUAGGGGGCGUACUAUUCUCCCUGGAGGAGGGCGCCUCCUUCUGGAACCAGACGCUCACGUGGCGUAUAUUUUUCUGCUCGAUGGUCAGCACCUUUACCCUUAACCUAAUCCUAUCGGCCUACCAUAAUCACCCUGGCCAGUUAUCCUACGCGGGUCUACUCAACUUCGGCCAAUUCACGGAACGGGACUUUAGCUACAACUUCGCCGAACUGCCCCUCUAUAUGGCUAUGGGAGCCUUUGGGGGGCUUAUGGGCGCCGCCUAUAACUACAUGAACUACAAGCUGACGGUGUUUCGCAUCCGAUACCUCCACCACCCGGUGCUCAAAGUCAUAGAGGCCGUGGUGGUAGCCAUGGCCACCGCGACGAUAGGCUUUCUGAUGAUAGUCUACAUUAACGACUGUCACGUGACGGUUAAGGAGAAUACCGUGGAAUACCCGAUAAGGUACCGGUGCCAGGAGGGCGAGUACUCCGUGAUGGGCGCCCUGUGGUUCAACACGCCGGAGGCUUCCCUGCGAAACCUGUUUCAUAAUAUUGAGGGCACGUGGAGGCCGGCCUCCCUGGCCGUGUUUGUCGUCAUAUACUACCUGUUGUCGUGCUGGACGUACGGACUCAGUAUUAGCUCCGGGCUGUUCAUACCGGCGCUACUGGUGGGCGCCGCCUGGGGUCGACUCGUGGGCAUAGGGCUGACCGCGAUUUUUCCCGGACAGGAGUGGGUAUCCCCCGGAAAGUUCGCACUGAUAGGCGCCGCCGCCAACUUGGGAGGCAUAGUCCGGAUGACCAUCAGUCUGACUGUGAUAUUAAUCGAGGCCACCGGGAACCUGACGUUUGGCCUGCCUAUCAUGAUUACCCUGAUCACCGCCAAGUGGGUCGGGGACCAGUUCACGGAGGGUAUAUACGACAUACACAUACAGCUGUCGAGCAUACCGUUCCUCAAUUGGGAGCCACCCUUUGGCGCGAGUAAUAUAUACGCCUCGGAAGUCAUGUCGAGUCCGGUCACCACCUUUAGGACCACCGAAAAGGUGGGCGUAAUCAUCGACACACUGGAGUCCCAGUCGCACAACGGCUUUCCCGUCGUGGACACUAACACCGGCGGCUGCGGCAACGACUCGGGCCUCACGUUCAGCGCCGGUAUGAACGACAUGAACCAGUCGUAUAGCAUAGACUACGGACACGAGACCACAUUCGGCCGCUUCCGGGGACUGGUAUUGCGGUGGCAGUUGAUAGUCAUGUUGAAGGAGCGCCUAUUCAAUGAGUACGAACAGGACUGGCAUUCCUAUAACCUGCAGACCUUCCGGAACGCCUACCCUCGCUAUGAGACUAUAGAGGCGGUGGUGAAGGGUAUUACGGAUGAGGAACGGGAUUAUACGAUAGAUAUCAGGCCUGUCAUGAAUCCUAGCGCCUACGCCGUGCAGCACACGGCUAGCCUGACCAGGAUUUUUAGGCUGUUCCGGGCCAUAGGGUUAAGACAUUUACACCAGUGA